UAUCGCUUCCAUAGGUGCAGACCGCUGCCAAUUGGAACUUCAGACCAAACUUGGGAUUAAUUUGCAAAGCAUCGCAUCGCAUCACGUCAAAGACGAUAUCUACGGAGGAUCUACACAAUCACAAUAUCAACCACUCAAAAAAGGUAGGUGCACUUUACAACUUUUUUUUCGGUGGUUCUGGUUCUGGCGCUGGUUCUGCCAGGUACGGGUGAUCGACUUUCUCCCUCCCAUUGGCUACACGUAGAGUACCGCGAACUCUCCUCCAUCAACCGCGCCCGCGAUCUUCUGCAAAUCCCGUCGCAUCACAAACUCUUCCAAAAAUGACCAAACUCGAUUCUCAAGUCGCGGCGGUACUCGACCGCAAGGCCGUAGAUUCAGAUGAUGAAGAUGCCCUCAUUGCCUCCCUCGAGGACUCGCCCGCGAUGGAUGCCUUCCGAGAACAACGAAUCCAGCAGCUGCACGCCGAGUUCUCUCGCGCAAAGUCGCAGAAGAAGCAGGGCUUUGGAAAUUAUACCGAGAUCAAGGAAGAAAAGGCUCUGAUGGAUUUAACCACCGAAGUCAAAUACGCCGUAGUUCAUUUCGCAAAGGACGAUUUUGCACGAUGCGGGGUCAUGGACGGGCAUCUCGAGGUGUGAAACGCUCUUCUUUGCGGGAUGAGAUCAUGAGCAAGCGCUGAUGAUCGGCAGACUUUGGCUCCCAAGCAUUUCGAUACCCGGUUCUUGAAAAUGAACGUGGAAAACGCCCCGUUUCUGGUUACGAAACUGAAGAUUCAAGUCCUCCCAUGUGUUCUGGCUUUCAUCGGUGGCAAAAGUGUUGAUCGAAUUGUUGGCUUUGAAGGCCUAGGAUAUACACGGGAUACAUUCACGACCCGAGAUUUGGAGGCGAGAUUACUGGCAUCCGGCGUGCUACAGAGAGCAAAGGCGACCAAGGAAGAAGAUGCUGGUAGAGGAGCCAGAAAGGCACAAGAGGAAGAAGACGAUGGGGAUGAUUGGGAUUAA